AACUUUUCUUAAAAGAAUUUUUUUUUUUGUAGUUUGAUAGAAGAAUGUCCCUUGAUCAGUUCAAGAAGCAAGCUUCUUCUUUUCUACACGAGAGAUUCAAAGUAGCCAGGCUUGUUUUUACUGAUGUUACUCCGGCAGAAUUGUUGGCAGAGGAAGCUACAAACAAAGAUCCAUGUAGCCCUGAUGCUAAAACAAUGACGAUAAUAGCUGAGGCAUCCUUUGAGGUAGAUGAUUAUUGGAGAAUUGUUGAUGUCCUUCACAACCGGCUGCAUAACAUUGAGUGGAAGCAGUGGAAACAAUCCUACAAAUCACUGGUACUCCUCGAGUUUUUGUUAACCCAUGGACCAGAAGAGCUAGCUGAUGAAUUUAAGAGUGAUUCAUAUAUCAUCGAAGAACUUGGAACUUUUCAACACAUAGAUGAAAGGGGGUUUAACUGGGGUGAGAUCAUGCACCAAAAGUCACAAAAGAUACUACAACUUCUCAAAGGAGGCCAGAUCUUACAAGAAUCACGUUUGAGAGCUCUGAAAAUAACAAGAGAAAUUCAAGGCUUUGGAAGUAGUUCAUCGCCAUCUUCGUCAUCAUCAACAUUCUCACCAAACUUUUCACCCAGCUUUUCAUUUACUUCAUCAUUUGAUUCAUAUUCUACAAUUACGAGCCCUGCGUGGAGUGAUUUACAUGGGGAAAACAAAUUUGAAAACUUAUCAUCCCCAGAAGCCAUUGAGAGGCAUAUUUGGAAAGGAACAGGAAAUGAGAAAAACUCUCCGGUAGGCAAAUUCAAUACCAAUGGAAAACACCUUUGGGACUGCCCCCCAAUCGAAGAGGAUGAUUGUCUAAUUGAACCUGAGGAUGAGGAAGAGAAACCAGCCAGCUUUCUAAGUGGAGUUUGCUCAAAGCUCGCGGCUUUGAGUCCUACCCAUCCGGCGAGAGCGGGAUUUAGAAGAGCUUCUAACAAAUGCGAUGAAUGAUUUAGAAGAGCUAAUAAAUGCAAUGAAUGUAGAUACAAGAAUAUGAUACUGCACUAAGAUUCCGUUAGCAACGAAAUGUUUCUAAAUGGGGAUCCUUUGUAGAGGAUAGUACUUCUAGUAAAAGUUAAAAUCAAACGAAGCAGGCUUAGCCAUGACGCCAUGCUUGUAAUCACAUAUUCAGAUGUAUGAAUAGCAAACAAUAUUGCAUUUUGUAGCAUGACUACUGUACCAAAUAUUUCAUCGGCAUUGGCACUCAAGGGAAGUCAGAAAUAAAAUUCAGAAAACAAAAACCAAA